GAAAUAUCUUCAUUUCCCGCGAUUCAAAGUCGAUCGAUUCAAACUCUUCUCUUAAACAUUAAAAAUAUCAUCAUCACUAGUCACUUAUUCAUAUAUCAAAAUGAUAAACAAGAUGAUACAUCUUCAGCGAAAUACUACUUUGCACUUGCCUCAAUCCCAUACAGAGACUCGAAAACUUCUUGUUGA